AUGCUUCAACGUUUUCCCACAAUACGAAUACAGGUACUUGCACGACGUUUUAAUAAUGCUGGGUGAGAUUUCCUUCGUUUAUCUUCCCUCACAUUUUUGUCUUUUUUAUUCAGGUUUUCCAAAGAUUACUACGCUGUUUUGGGUGUCUCGAAGGGUUCAACGCAGAGACAAAUCAAAGCCGCAUAUUACCAGCUUUCUAAAAAAGUUUUUUUUUUCAAUCUUUCUAUCUUUUUUAUCUUUUUUCUCCUAGUAUCAUCCAGACGUUGCCGGAAACGACAGUACAGCCAAGGCGAAAUUUCUGGAAGUGAAUGAGGCGUGGGAAUGUCUUCGAGAUACAAAUAGGUUCAAUUUUGGAGUUUAUUUUCAGAUCUAACUAGGGCAUGGUCUCCGCUCGACAACGAGUUGAGAAUUGGAACUUUUUGGGUGGAUAGCCCUAGGCGAGAGUACUCGGAAUCAAAAAUAAAAUUCUGCUAAACCCCACAGGCGGCUGAGGAAAAGCUCGUCGAAAUUUUUCCAGCGCGGAUAUGGCCGCGCUCGGAGCCUUUGGCUAGCAACUGGCGGCGUGGUGUAGUGGGUUGUGGUCUUGUGCACUGUCAAUAUCGGGACCAUGGUUCGAAUCCUUUUGGCGGAAAUCGUUUUUUUGCUGACUCAUAACUUUUUUUUCCUUCCUCAUUUUUGGGAUAUUUUUUUCAAAAUUUUACAAUAAAAAUUCACAAAAAUCCCAACAAAAAAUGAAAUACUGAUCUGAAAUUUUUUUUUUGUUUUUCCUCUAUUUUAUGGGCAAACGAUUAAGAAAACGAUAUUUUUAUGAAAAUUCACAAUUCACGAAUAGCGGUUACCUGUCUUUUAGACACGGGUGUACUGAACGGAAACAAAAUAACACAAUAAAACAACAAAAAAAGAAACUUUUCCGUUCGGUUUCGCGUUCCAGGUGUCCGAAGAUAUGACGAUUUUCGAAAAUUCCAACAGAAAAUUGCGCGGAAUGAGCUUAUCUUUAAUAACUAUGCUGCCGCUUGCCUGUCUGCUAACAAAAAUAUUUGAAAAUAACCUCCUCACUACAAGAAGAACAACGUGGCAUGAGAAAAGUAGUAGAAAUAAAAGUUUUCUACAAGUUUUGAUGUAAAAUUUUGAAAAAAAAUAUCCCAGAAAUGAGAAAGGAAUAAAGUUAUGAGCCAGCAAAAACGAUUUCCGCCAGAAGGAUUCGAACCCUGGUCACAAUAUUGAUAGUGCACAAGACAACAACCCACUACAUCACGCCGCCAGUUGCUAGCCGAAGGUUCCGAGCGCGGCCAUAUCCGCGCUGGUAAAAUUUCGACGAGCUUUUCCUAAGCCGCCUGUGGGGUUUAGCAGAAUUUUAUUUUUGAUUCCGAGUACUCUCGCCUAGGGCUAUCCACCCAAAAAGUUCCAAUUCUCAACUCGUUGUCGAGCGGAGACCAUGCCCUAGUACUUACUUACUUACUUAGAUACUUAGAUGGUCCAUCUUCGCUUUCGACCUUUUAUUGCCUUUUAGUGCCUUUCAUUGAUCGAAGCGUGGACCACACGUUUUCCAGGAGGUCUUAUGCAAUCGGUCAUCCAGUGUUGUCCUGGUUGACUGGUAUUCUUGCGAAAAAGUUCCAUCCGUGGUGUUGAACGUGUUAUAGCAUAAUUUUGGUCUGAUUAUCCUUUUUGCCUUGCCAGGGCUAAAAAAGACCGCCCAUUCUGUUAGCAGAAGCAAGCCGAACUGCGUGACCGGUGUACCGUUAGCCGCCAUAAAUGGCGUUGCCUCCCCAUCACCGCGUAGAGGUGGUACUUGAAGGGGAUGCCCUAGUAAGAUAACCUAAAUGUAUGUUAUCCUUGAAGUACACUUUUAUGCUUUUUUUAAAGAUUUUUGAAAGACAGCUUUCAGACGAAAAGCAUACGACAAUCAAAUGUCUGGUGGCGGUGGACGAUAUCCUGGCGACGGAACCAAUCCAUUCAGAGUUUUCUUUUUUUAGAGGCGAAUUACAAUUAAUUUUAAGGAUUUCCAAGAACAACGCCGACAAAACUACGGCUCCAACCCUUUUUACAGUCAGAAGUUCACAGAGGAAGAGUAUAGAAGGGUACGCCAGAGCUCACCGGAAUUUCAGAAUAGUUUUCCUUUUCGAGGUUUGGGAGCAAUUUAAUCGGAUGCGGCAGGAAAGAGAACGCUACGACCAGAACAUGUACGAGAGAAGGCAGCAAGCCUUCGAUGAGUAUGCCCGGCGAAGGGCCGAAAGAUGGAAACAGUUCCACGAAAGGUGUCUGCAGAGUUGGAUUUCUUAUGGACAUUUCGUCUUAAUUCUUUGAUGAAAACAACGCCAGUGGGAAUGUUUUUCCCAGAAAUUUCUCGAAAGAAAUUGCUAAAGCAAUCUUCUUUUUAUGACUUUGGUUCUAAAAGCGGUUUUUUUAACCAGUUAUUUCUUCUUUUUUUUAAGAUGAAAAAAUAUGCCUAUUGGAGUACCCAAACGACUUUAAUCUCAGAAAAAAGCGAUCAAGUUUGAUAUUUUCAAGGUACCCGAACGGCCCUCCAGGAUCUUUCCGGUGGGAAUGGAAAUGGACGAAUUCUGAUCAAGAUCCAAGAAAAGUUGAGAAAAAAAAAAUUUCCCUUUUCACAAAUCUUUUUUUUGAGGCCUGGGGCAUCGUUCGCAAGCUCAUGAUCGUUUACAUGGGGAUCUUCUUCGUGGUGACGUUCUUCCGAGUUCUCUUUCUCAAUACGUUUGCCGAUUUCUUCUUUGUUCUCCUGAUUCUUGUAGCUUUUUCAGGGAUGAAAGAGAGGAGCUGAAAAGAAUGGCUCAAAGAAUGGAGGCCGAACAGGCCAAAUCUCAAGAAAGUAAUCAUGAGCGGAUCCGGAAAAUGAUCUCUACGAUGCCCCGAAGGUUCAAAAUGUCCAGGAACUUUGCUUUAAUGAGAUUUCAGCGAGGAAAAACCCAAGUUUGGCUAUAUUUAUGAGGCUCCAAACGAAAGUGCUCCAGUCAGGUUGUUCUGGAUUUCAUUUAAUAUUUCAGUCCCUGAUUUAUUUUUUCAGAAUGAAUGAGGAACAGGACGAGUACACAUCAUGGAAACCGGUAGUGUAA